GCUCUUCUAAACUAGUACUUUAUAAAAUCCUCCCUUGAAAGUAAUAAAAAUAAAAAUAAAGAUAAAUAAUAAUAAUAUUGUUACACUCGCAAACAACUGAGCGAGAAUCUUCUUCUUCUAAACUAACAAUGCAUUCAAUGGACGCUAAAGACCUCAAGAAGAAGAAGAAGAAGAAGAAUACGCAUUAUACCUCAAAUCCUACACACACUGAAAUGUUCAUGGGACAAAAAGUCAAUGGGGAAGAAAGUGUAUCUCCAAGCCCACUGUACGCUGCAUACACACUUGAUGCAAACAAGACCAACAAAACUGUGGAUCACACAAAUCCAUUUAAUAUUAGAAACUUGAUUCAAGAGAUUGAUUCAUCCAAAUAUGGGUCUGUUACAAAAGAUAUAGAAGACCUUCUUUUGCUAAGAAAACAAAUGUUGAUGCCUUGUUUAAGAAGAUUCCCCUCACUUCGGGCUGAUAUAAUGGAGACAAAUCAUGUGAAGGACGUUUCCAAUGCAAAUCCUAUGAGGGAUGUAGUUAUGUUUGAUGCUGGCAAUGGUCAUGAUAUGAAAGCACCGGAUAAUGUUGUUAAUAUCGACUCAGAUGAUGAUGAUGAACCCAAAUUUGGGAGGCCUUUUCAACCGUAUCGAGACAUAGUCCUAAAUAAAUCUGAAGGGCAGUUUUCAAUGAAACAAUUUUUGGAGGGAGAUUAUGCUCCGAGCCAAUCUUCAGCUGCUAAAGGUGGAGGAGUAGGUGCUGCUGCUGCAGCAGGAGUGGGAGGAAGAGGAAGAGGGGGUGUGAAAGGGAAAGGGAAAGGUGGAAGAGAAAAAGAAGGAGAAGGAGGACAGACUAAAAAUACAAUCGACUCCAAAGGUGUAGACAACAAAGACGCUGAUAGUGACGUAGAAGAUGAAAAAAAGCUUAGUAAAGGGGAAUAUGUUGGAAGCCAUUCCGAUUCAGAUAUGGAUGAUAAUGAUGAUGUUAACUUUGACGGGCUAGCUGAUAUAUGGAAAGAAAUGAAUGUUGGAUUAGAGUCCUCAAAGGAUGCCGCUAUGGAUAUUUCAUUAGACGAAUAUGAAAACGAAGUUGAAGAAGUAUGCGAUCAUUCUUUUAUAUUGAAAGACGAUAUUGGCUAUGUUUGCCGUGUCUGCGGAGUUGUUCAAAAGAGCAUUGAAUCCAUAAUUGAGUUUCAGCGUCCCAAGACCUCAAAGAGUACGAGAACAUAUUAUUAUGAAGGCCGACCGGAUAAAUCAGCUGAUGCAAGUGAUGCUGUUCUUGAUGGAGUUAAAUUACCCGGACUAGACUUCUCGGUGCAAGACAUAGCUGCUCAUCCGAGACAUCAAAAGCAAAUGAAACCCCAUCAAAUCGAGGGUUUCAAUUUCUUACUCAGUAACUUGGUUACUGAAAAUCCGGGUGGCUGCAUUCUGGCCCAUGCUCCUGGAUCUGGGAAGACGUUUAUGCUUAUCAGUUUCAUACAAAGUUUUAUGGCUAAAUACCCUGACUCUAGACCAUUAGUGGUUCUACCUAGAGGUAUUCUAGAGACUUGGAAAAAAGAGUUUUCCAGGUGGCAAGUUGAAGACAUUCCGUUGUACGACUUUUACUCCCGAAAAGCUGAUAACCGGGCUCAACAGUUGGAAGUGCUCAAACAGUGGGCUAACCAGAGGAGCAUUCUGUUUCUUGGGUACCAACAGUUCUCAGCCAUAGUGUGCGACAAUGAUAGGAGCUCGGUUGCAGUCAGCUGUCAGGAGAUACUAUUGAGAUGCCCUUCACUUUUAAUCUUAGAUGAAGGUCAUACUCCAAGAAACAAAGAAACUGAUAUGGUUACCUCUCUUGGGAAGGUUCAGACACCAAGAAAGGUCGUGCUUUCUGGGACUCUUUACCAAAAUCACGUUAAGGAAGUCUUCACUAUUUUGAAUCUCGUUCGGCCGAAGUUUUUGAGAAUGGAGGAACCCAAAAUGAUAAAACGACGUAUAUUGAGUAAAGUAUCAUUUGAAUCUCGAAAAAACUUUUCCAAAAAAUGCUCAGAUGAAGAGUUUUCUGACUUGGUAGAACAAACGUUACUCGGAGAUGACAUUUUGAAAAGGAAGGUGAAAGUUAUUGAAGAUUUACGAGAAAUGACAAGCAAAGUUCUGCACUACUAUAAAGGGGAUUUCUUGGAUGAACUACCUGGGCUUAUGGACUUUUCAGUCUUUUUAAACCUUAGCCCCAAGCAAAAACGUCAAGUUCCCGAGUUGAAACAAUAUACGAGAAGAUUUAAACAAGUCUCCGUUGGUAGUGCGGUCUAUUUGCAUCCGGAUUUAAAGGUUCUUGCUCAAACCAUUCCAGAUAGAAAUGAUGUCGAUGUGAACAAAAUGAUCGAUGAACUAUUGGAGAAAUUGGAUGAGAGAGAGGGGGUGAAGACUAAAUUUUUUCUCCAUCUACUUCGUUUAUGUGAAUCCAGUGGGGAAAAGCUUUUAGUUUUUAGCAAUUAUCUACUCCCUUUGAAAUUUUUGCUCAGAUUGACCAUGAAAGUCAAAGGCUGGGUUAUGGGCAAGCAAAUUUUUAUGAUAACUGGAGAUGAUGACAAUGAUUCGCGUGAGGUAUCAAUGGAUAGCUUCAAUAACUCAUCUGAUGCUAAAGUCUUUUUUGGGUCAAUAAAGGCUUGUUCGGAGGGUAUUUCACUAGUUGGGGCCUCUAGGAUUAUAAUACUGGACGUGCAUUUAAACCCUUCUGUCACCCGCCAAGCAUUAGGUCGUGCUUUUCGACCUGGUCAGGUAAGGAAAGUAUAUACUUAUCGAUUAAUUGCUGCUAAUACCCUUGAAGAAGAAGAUCAUACCACAUGCUUCAGGAAGGAGUCUAUUGCGAAGAUGUGGUUUGAGUGGGAUGAGUACUGUGGUCGUCAUGAAUUUGAGAUGAAGACGGUAGAUGUUAAAAGUUGUGGUGAUGAAUUUCUAGAAAAUUCGUGGUUGAAUCAAGAUGUAACUGCAUUAAGUCAAAGAUAACGAUGGCAAGCCACGAUGACAUUAGGAGCUAGAUUUUGUGGUUGGUACAAAUCUCUCUUAUUAUCUGGUAGUUAGUAGUGAUGGUUAACCAAGACGUCAUAUUCCUGCACUGGACAGUGAUUUGUGAUUUCCUUUUAGUCGUUUAUAUAGUAUCUUAGUGCUCUGCAA